AUGCCGAAAAUCCUUAAGGAGUGUAUUUUAAAGCCCGUAUCUUCCGAACACCCACCGAUACGCAUCAACACGGAGCAAACGAUAAUCGGGCGCAGUCCAGAAACUUUAAUACAGGAUGCAAACUGUUCACGAAAGCAAGUCUGUCUGAAGGCGAAUCUAAAGGAUGGCUAUGUGCUGGUCAAACCACUCGGCUUGAAUCCAUCGGUGCUGAAUGGUAAAGAACUGGAAAGGAACGUAGGGCACGAAGCGGUACAUGGCGAUAUAAUUGAGCUAUUGCCAGGAAUGUACAAGUACGUGUUUGAAUUCAUAUACGAAACGACUGCCAGCCCGCCAGACACUUCGUCGCAUAAAAGCAGACAAAGCACCGGAGGAUGUAGCGCAGAUGGUAAACAUUCACAUCGUAAUAGCACCAGUAGCAGUAAACGAUCGCGAGAGGAAGGUUCACCCAGUGGAGUUACAUCGAAACGCUCCAAAGGAGCUGCCGAACCUUCCCCAUCGGUAAAACACGAGUCCAAACCUAAGCCUUUCUCGGCACCCACUAUGGAAGAUAAAUGGGAAUCGUUGGACGAUAAGCUGCUCCACAUCUACACCAGUGCCGGUGUUGUGGCAUCGGAAAAAAUAGCUGCCUACGAUAUGGACGGGACGUUAAUAAAGACCAAAUCGGGCAAUGUGUUCCCGAAGUCAAUCGAUGACUGGCAGAUCGCAUUUCCGGAGGUACCGGGCAAGUUAAAGUCGCUCCACCGUAAUGGUUUCAAGUUGGUUAUUUUCACAAACCAAGCAGGUAUCGGUAAGGGAAAGGUGCGUAUCGAAGACUUUCGGCAAAAGAUUGAAGCAUUGGUGCGCAAACUGUCCGUUCCAAUGCAGGUCUUCAUUUCGACUGGGUCGGGCAAAUAUCGAAAGCCACGGACGGGCAUGUGGCAAACACUCUGCGACAGUAAAAACGACGGUGUGCCUGUCGAUCGAGUGCGCAGCUUCUACGUGGGCGAUGCAGCCGGUCGGCCAGAGCUGAAAAAACCUGUCAAACGAAAGAAGGAUCAUUCCUGCGCCGAUCGGCUACUGGCGAUAAAUGUAGGCAUUACCUUCCUGACACCGGAGCAACAUUUCCAAAACUUGCCUGAUUCCACCUGGACGAAACCGGAGUUCGAUCCGAAGGAGGUUUGCAGUUUGGCAGUGAAUGAACAGUUACUCUCACCUGCCGGAGCGUUGCUAACCAAACCGGGCCAGGAGGUGAUCGUGAUGGUUGGUUUUCCGGGUUCCGGUAAAAGUCACUUCGUCCGCAAGCAUCUCGCACCGAAGGGAUACGAAAUAGUUAAUCGCGACACACUCGGUUCGUGGCAGAAGUGUGUAACGCAUAUGGAAGCGUGUCUUAGAAAGGGCAAAAGCGUCGUUAUAGACAAUCUGAGCCCGGAUGUGGAAACCCGGAAGCGGUACGUGUUGGUGGCCAAUCGUGCAAAGAUCCCUGUGCGCUGCUUCUUGAUGGAUGUCGGUUACAAACACGCCCGUCACAACAACGAAUUUCGGGAGAUGACUGACCGUUCGCAUUCAACAAUUUCGGAAAUGGUGUUUAAUUCGUACAAAUCCAAAUUUCAACAGCCGACCCAAGCGGAAGGAUUCACUGAAAUUGUGAAGGUAAAUUUUGUUCCAAAUUUUACUACGAAAAGCCACGAAGAACUUUACCGGAUGUUUUUACUGGAGAAAUAG